UCCCCCACCGGGUACAGAGUGGGGCCACACAGAAAAGGGUUUGGAAUCACUCUCAAAAAGAAGGUAGGACGUACUGUGGUGACUAGGUGCAGGGCUCGGUCAAACAAACAAACCAGCCAGCAGUUUGCUUCUGUGUGACUAGCUCCUUGAUCCCCCUUCUCUCCAGUUCCCGUGCUUGGACAUCCCCCUCAUCCUCCUUGACUCCCCCUUUCUCCGCCCUUGUCUCCUCCCAGUCAAGGGACCUACCCCCGGGUUAUUUUUUCCCCCUUGCUCCCAGGCUUGCUACAUCUGUGGGCAGAUUUGGUGUUUCGGGUGCUCGGUCACCUUGGACUUCCAUGGCAUUACCGAUGCGGUUUCCUGGGUACUGCUGUCCCUGCCAGAUUCCUCUCCCCAAAAUGACCCCAACUCUUCCCUCAAUUAUCUGUGAAGUGUGGCCACCUCUCACAUCAAUCCGCCUUAACCACCUGCGAAAUCUGGUACUGGAAUAGCAGAGUAUCCACAGAAGACAAGUUUUCUUCUCUAAGGCCUUCUGUCUGCUCUAAGCAGAUAUGGGGCACUACCUUGAGGUCAAUUUUCAAAAAACAAAGCAGGCUUGAGUCCAGUUUGUUUGGGGCCCCAUUCUGGUGCCUGUGAAGUCAUGCUAUGCCUCAAGUGCCUUGAGAGCAGCUCUUCCACUUUCUGACAGAGCCUGCCCUGUCAUCCUAGGGCCCAGGUUGGCACUCAGUUGUGUGCCUUAUGUCUAUCCACACAAGCCAGGAUGGCAGCAGGAAGCUCCUGCACCUUUCACGAGCUCUGAGGCUGCCGUUCUCCAAGCCACUGCUCUCUACCCUCUGGGGACCUAGUCCUGCUCAGCAAAUGCAACGCACGUGGCUGGCACCUGCUUGUCUCCCGUGACUGCCCUACAUUCCAGCGUGUGAGCAAAGCAGCACCAUACAGCUGUAGAAGGCAAACUGAUGAGAUGCGGCUGAUACAGGAUUUACCAAAGCCAUGGAGAAUGGCAUGUGUGCCUGAAAGCAGGAGCAUCCUUCUCUGUCUAGAGCUUCGAAUUGCAUGUCUUUGGCCACGCAGACGAGGUGCCACCGCUGCCCUUGUCAGCGUUGGCCCAGAACAGCAAUGUAACUCCUAGACAGCAAGGACAUGCAGCCUGCCAGAGGGUGUUGCUGUGGCUGACACAGUCAGCGUGGACUGUGCUGCAUCUGUGUUUCACUGUGCUUUGUGCAGGAAGGUUGACACUGCUUGGGUAUGCUUGGCUUAUUUGGCUUGCACAUCACUGCUUGCCUGCCGCGGCUGUAACCAGAUUGGCUCUUCAACACCCAAACACGUGCAUACUGCCUGGAGUAGUUAUGUUCUCUGGUGUAUGUUUUUGGGGAAGGAGCUGGUGGCAAACGGCUGCAGAGAGCAGGGUGGCAGUGAACUAUGAUGCCACACUCGUGUUUUUCCUGCUAGCUGUUAGCAGGCAGCGCUCAGAGUCAGGCGCUGCUGCCUGCCCCAGGGCCUGCACCCCCUCAACCCGCAAGCAGAGCAUUCAGCGAGGGUCCCUCGGGGGUGUCCGAUCCCAGCUUCUGCCUCCCCUCCUGCUUGGAACCCCCAUGCUGCCUCCCCCUGCCCGUGCCCAGCACUCGGAACCAGCGACUCUGUGACAUCAGCACUGGGGCCAAGGGUACCGCGGGCAACGUGAGCACCGCGGGCACUACUGGUAGCAACAAGCCCUCGGUUCUUGCAGCUGCCACGUGCCGCUGGCAGCGAUGAAUUUGCUCCCCCUCCUCGUCCUGCUGGCCGUGUGCCGGCCUGCGCACGGCACGUGGGACAACUGUGGCGGGACCUGCGGGCUCCGGCCCAUGGCUUCUCACUACGGCAUGUCGCGCGUCGUGGGUGGCACAGAUGCCCAGCCGGGGGCCUGGCCCUGGAUCGUCAGCAUCCAGGAUCCCUGGAAAAUAGGCACGGGGCAUAUAUGCGGAGGGUCCCUCAUCAGCCCGCAGUGGGUCCUCACGGCAGCUCACUGCUUCAUUGAGGCCAGCUAUGUCACGAUGUGGCGCGUGGUGAUCGGAGCCACCCAGCUGACUCAGCUGGGCCCUGAGGCCCAAGUGCGCAAUAUUAAGCGGCUGCUGGUUCACGAACGCUAUAGUAACAUCUCGGAGAGGAACGACAUUGCGUUGCUGGAAUUGGACCAGCCUGUCCAGUGCAGCUACUACAUACAGCUUGCCUGUGUGCCCGACGCCUCGCUGAGAGUGUCAGAGCUGACCACCUGCUACGUCAGUGGCUGGGGUUCCACGACCGCCAGAUCUGGAAGAUCAGCUGAUGUCCUGCAGGAGGCCAAGGUCCACCUCAUUGACAUCAACCUCUGUAACAGCACCCGGUGGUAUAGAGGGGCCAUCCACACCCACAACUUGUGCGCUGGCUAUCCGCAGGGUGGCAUCGACACCUGCCAGGGCGACAGCGGUGGCCCUCUCGUGUGCAAAGAUAACACCUAUGACUACUUCUGGCUUGUUGGAGUGACCAGCUGGGGGAAAGGCUGUGCAAGAGCAAAACGGCCCGGAGUCUACACCUCCACUCAGCACUUUUACGACUGGAUCCUGGUACAGAUGGGACUGCGCCCAGCAGGAACAUCUACUCCAACACCACGGCCAGUGUUCACCUCAACCCCCUUUCAGAGGCCAAAGCCAAUACCAACACAAUCGGGCAGGUUUACACCCUGCCCAUUUCCACGCCAGAAGCUGGUGGAAUUCUUUAACCUGCUGCAGGAGCUCCUGCAGGUCCUAAGGGGAAAAAAGGCUUGAGCAGCAGGGUGAACAGGAUCCAGUGCAGGCUGCAGUGUACCACGACCUUUUCCUUCUGCCGCAAUGCCUGCUGAUCCAA